AUGUUUAAAGACUGCAAAUAUAAGUUAAAGCACAUCUCACUUGCGGCAUCAAAUUAAAAGAACCUUAAUAGGUAUGAUCACAAACAAGAGAUUGAACCAUAUAUUCACUCAGCUUAGCUCGUAAAAAGUAGUAAAAUAAGAUCUACCUCAAGAAAUUAGAACAUUGAGAAUAAUGAUUUAUAAAAUUAAAAUACUAAAAAGCGUCAAAAGCAAAAUCAAUAAAUAAAGAGAAAAAGAAGACUAAGAGAGCUAAAAACAAUUUAUAACAAAACUUAGUUCGAAAAUUGA